AUUGUUCUAGCGGUGCAACUUGCAGACGGUCCCUCAGCGGCAGAAUCGCUUCUCUCUCUACAACCCUCUCACUUUUCAUGUAGUCCACACUGAGCUCUCGUGAUCUCACUACUUCGGCUUUUACUGCACGGUUUUGCCAGUGAUUUCACGGUUGCUGAUCGUUUCACGUGCACUCCUUUUUUUAUUUUAUAUAUUUUUUUUACAUCAUUUCGCUCCUCUGGCCACUUUCAUCUUUUAUGCUGCAGGCAGUCGGUGGGCUACUUCUCUAGUUAACCUUUUAAACGGAAAGUGGUUUAAUGAGAUGCAAAUUGCUUUUCGGUUGACUUCGAUGUUGCGCGUUGCUACUUUUACUGAAGUUUCAAUAUAACCUUUUCCCUUGCCGCAUCCUGGCGCGAGGUUGCGUGCAGCGCGCGACGGAUUAAAUGGAUUAAUUAUCACACCUUCACAUCAGUUUUCACACAACUGGCGUGUACUCUUGUUUAUUUGGAGGCUUCUCUCUCUAAGGGUUUUUAAAAAUGAGCGAAAUAAACACCGAGGAGGACAGUCAACAAGAAAACGGGGACCUCAGCAGCAAGGACUCGGACCGUCAGCUUCGCCUGAGACUGUGCGUUUUAAACGAGAUAUUGAACACGGAACGGGAUUACGUGAGAAACUUGGCAUUUCUGCAGUCGGCUUUUCUCCAGAGAAUAAGGCAGACUGCAGAAAACCAACAAUGUCUCACUCCAGAGCAGGUCAAGAUCUUGUUUUCCAACAUUGAGUCCAUUUUGGAAGUCCAUUUUGAGUUUCUUUCCACUCUGGAUGCCAGUUUGCAGCCUGAACCCCAAGCACACCAUUCUCUUGGACAUGUGUUCCUCAAAUUUAGGGACCGUUUCUCUGUGUAUGGCGAGUACUGUAGUAACCAUGAGAAAGCACUCAGACUAUUGAUGGAGCUUAACAAGAUCCCUUAUGUACGGACUUUCCUGCUGCACCUCAUGUUGUUAGGAGGAAAGAAGAGCACAGAUGUUCCACUUGAGGGGUAUCUCCUCUCUCCCAUUCAGAGGAUCUGUAAAUACCCUUUGCUACUGAAGGAACUUUUGAAGAGGACCCCUAAGAAGCAUUCAGAUUACCCCGCGGUAGAGGAGGCCCUGCAGGCCAUGAAAGCUGUGUGCUGCAACAUCAACGAGACCAAGCGACAGAUGGAGAAACUAGAGGCUCUUGAGAUAUUACAGUCACGCAUAGAGGGUUGGGAGGGGACGAACUUGACUGAUAUAUGCACCGAACUGUUGCUUCAAGGCAACCUUUUGAAGAUAUCAGCUGGAAACAUCCAGGAACGUGUCUUCUUCCUGUUUGACAACCUCCUAGUCUACUGCAAGAGGAAGUCCCGAGUGUCUGGGAAGAAAUCCACCAAAAGGACAAAAUCCAUCAACGGGCCGCAGUACGUGUUCAGAGGCCGCAUCAACACGGAGGUCAUGGAGGUCGAGAAUGUGGAAGAUGGAACUGCGGACUAUCACAGUAACAACUACACAGUGACCAGUGGCUGGAAAAUUCACAACACGGCCAAAAACAAGUGGUUUGUGUGCAUGGCCAAGAACGCUGAGGAUAAGCAGAAAUGGCUUGAUGCUAUUUUAAAGGAACGUGAACAGAGAGAGAGCUUAAAGCUUGGGAUGGAACGUGAUGCCUACGUCAUGAUCGCAGAGAAGGGAGAAAAGCUCUACCAUAUGAUGAUGACCAAGAGCCGCCACCUCAUCAAAGACCGCCGCAGGAAACUCACCAUUGUACCCAAGUGCUUCUUGGGAAAUGAAUUUGUCUCAUGGCUUUUGGAGAGUGGAGAGAUCAGUAAGGCUGAGGAGGGAAUCAACCUGGGUCAAGCUCUCCUGGAGAAUGGCAUCAUCCAUCAUGUGUCAGAUAAACAUCAGUUCAAGAAUGAGCAGGUGUUGUAUCGCUUUCGGUAUGAUGACGGCACUUAUAAAGCCAGGAGUGAAAUGGAGGACAUCAUCUCAAAGGGAUUGAGACUUUACUGUCGUCUCCACAGCCUCUUCACACCUGUUAUCAAAGACAGAGAUCAUCAUUUGAAAACCUUCAAAUCUGUCAUACCAGCUAGCAAACUGGUGGAUUGGCUUGUGUCACAGGGUGACAGCACAUCCCGUGAAGAUGCAGUGACCCUUGGUGUCGGACUCUGCAAUGCUGGUUUCAUGCACCACGUUCUGGAGAAAAGCGAAUUUAAGGAUGAGUCACAGUUUUUCCGCUUCUACGCCGAUGAGGAGACGGAGGGUACGAGCUCCAAGACUAAACAGCUUCGCAGUGACUUCAGACUCAUCGAGAACAUUCUUGCCAAAUCCUUAGUGAUCCACCCUGAAGAGGAGGACUAUGGGUUUGAGAUUGAAGAGAAGAACAAGGCAAUCGUAGUUAAGAGUGUGACCAGGGGCUCAUAUGCAGAGAUGGCAGGCCUGCAGCCGGGUAGAAAGAUCUACUCCAUUAAUGAGGACCUGGUGUUCCUAAGGGCUUUUUCUGAGGUGGAGACCAUGAUCAACCAGUCCUUCUGUAUACGCCGCUCGCUCAGACUGCUGGUGGCCACCAAGAACAAAGAGAUUGUGAAGAUCCCAGAUGUUCAUGGCACUCUUCCUUUUGUUCUCUGUGGUUCUUGUCCACCUUACGUUCAUGCAGUUAAGAAAGGCUCUGAGGCGGCAGCAGCGGGUCUUCAGCCCGGUCAGUGUGUCCUUAAAGUCAACGGCAACAACAUGAACCAGAGCAGCUACCAGGAAGUCCUGGAGCACUUUAGUGGCCAUCAGCCUGUCCUGGAGCAGCGAGACACUAGCUGUGGUCAGUGGGCGUACCGUGUGUAUGAGGAUGUGGAAGAGCAGAUGUCUUUUAGGGGGUGUGAGAAUGGCUCAGAUUCAGAGGAUGGCUGCACUAAUGGAACAGGCUCUGUAAGAAGGCUGGAAAAGUUGUCCAUCUCUGACGAUGUCCCUUCAAUCAGUCUGAAUGUGGAUAAUGUUCAUGUGGAACAUGGGGUUGUGUACGAGUACGUCAGCACAGCAGGAAUCAAACACUGUGUGCUGGAGAAGAUGGUGGAACCCAAGGGCUGCUUCAACCUUGCUGCAAAGAUACUGGAGGCCUUUGUGAAGGACGACAGUCUGUUUGUGAAGAGCUGCCGACAGCUAAUGGCUCAGAAUGAGAAGGUGGUGACCAUGCCACAGUUUGAGUUUCGAAGCAUCUGUGACACCAAGCUGGAGAGCAUAGAAAAACGCAUUUGCAGCUACAAACAGUUUGUGGAGGAAUUGCAGACGAAGGCCUGGCCCAUGUUUAAGAAGGCGAGCACUAAACCUCAUGUUCUGGGCUGCAUGGACUUCGUCCCCACCAACUGUCAUCUGAACCUGAUGCAGGUGUCCUGCCCAAAGAACACCUCCUCAUCAAUCCGAGCCUUCAGCAUCCGCUUCGGACGCAAGAACUCCUUCUUUGGCCUUGAUCCUGAUCAAGCCAAUUUGAAUCCCAUGUCCCACGCCGUGCAUUGUGUGACCAGCAUGGCGGCCCCCUCCUGGAGCUGCCUGAGUUUAGAUGAAGAGACGGAGGAGGGUGAAGGGAGCAUAGAGGACGGCAGGAAGCUUGAAGAGGGAGGUCUCAGCUUCCUUCUCAAACAGGAAGACAUGGAGAGCCAGGAUAAUUACAUCUGCCUCUAUAACCGCCUGGACAUAUCAGUGAGAGAGAUGAAGCAAUAUGUGGCCCAGAUAGAUGUACUUCUGUCAUCGAUAACUGGACCGACCCAGCCGCAGGGCUCAGAGCCACCCUCGUUUGAGAGCGCCCCCCCAACCUCUCCCAUACCAGAGGAGACGGACCAAGACAAGACCGAGCAUGGCGGGAACAAGAGAGUGUGCUUCAAAGUCAACGAAGAUGAUCAGGAGGACUCUGGACAUGACACCAUGAGCUACAGAGACUCCUACAGUGAAUGUAACAGUAACCGAGACUCAGUGCUGUCAUACACCAGCGUCCGGAGCAACAGUUCUUACCUGGGCAGUGAUGAGAUGGGCUCAGUGUGUCUUUUUCAUUCUCAGGUUGACUCGAUCAACAGUCUCCUGAAGGGCCCUAUCAUGAGCAGAGCCUGUGAGGAAACCAAGCAUUUCCACAACGACCACAGUCAGCCAGAGUUUCGGCACACGGAGGAGUGGACUGCACAUUGGCGGUAUGUUUUGCACAAGAAUAUCCAGGAGGACCCUUGGAAUCUGCCCAAUUCAAUCAAAUCUUUAGUUAACAGCCUUCAUCGCUUUGUAGAAGAUGGAAGGAGUCAACUUUUGUUGGCGUUGCUUAAAUGCACUGACACAGAACUCCAGUUGCGGCGGGAUGUCAUAUUCUGCCAGUCUCUGGUGGGGGCGCUGUGUGCUUUGGCGGAGCAGCUUGUGAAUGCGCUUAACCUGCGGUUCAACAAUAAUGGAGAGUAUGAGGAGGACAGUAAAGAGGUCAGCCGGAAAUGGCUGGAGCAGAUCGCCACCAUCGGAGUGCUCUUUAACUUCCAGUCAACACUUUCUCCAAAUGUGAGAGAAGAGCGAAUCAUGCUGGAAGAUACAAAAGCAGCACUGCAAGAUCUGGAGAAAGUCACCGUGCUGUUCCGCCCACUGGAGAACGAGUGCCUCGUCCCAAACACAUCUGUGCAUUACCAGGUGGAAGGCAGUCGGCAGGCCAUCAGGGUGACAAUGUUCUUGGACAGCUGUCAUUUCAGUGAGCUGCCAACAAGACUGCAGAACGGAGGCUCUUUGAAGCUUCAAUCAGUCCUCUUCACUAGAGGGCUGGAGAAGCCAGAAGGUGUGUUGUCUCAGGAUUUUGUUGCCAUGGAAGAGUUUCAGCAGCGCACAAAUGCUCUGUCACUGGAGAAGGUCAAAGGUUAUUACCGCAAACUCAGGGCUUUUUUUCUGGAGAAAUCAAAUUCAGAUUCAAAUUCCACUGCAAUGAAAAUAGACCAGCUCCUCCGGCCGCUCAACACCUUGGAUGACCUCUGUCGGCUCAUGCAGUCAUAUAUGAAUGUAAAACCCGGCUCUGCAGGUCAGCCCUCUGGAGUCAGUGUUCUUGUGGUGUCCUCCGAACUCUGCAACCGGCUGGGAGCCUGUCACAUCACCAUGUGUGCCACUGGGAUGCAGAGAUGUACUCUGAGUGUGUCACUGGAGCAGGCCGUUACUCUAUCCAGAAACCAUGGCCUCAUGCCCCGCUGCCUAAUGCAGACCAUGGACAUCAUGCGCAAACAGGGCACCAGAGUGGAGAUUUCUGCCAAAAAUCUCAGAGUAAUGGACCAGAUGCCACCGUGUGCUCCCAGGCUCUUCAGGUUGUGUUUACCCCCCUCCGAUGGAGAUCUUUGAAUGAGGUGAUGUCUGUCUCUCAGACCUUCUAGAUGCUGGGAGAUAUCAAGACUGGCUUAUCAUUUUGAGACCAUGCCUCAGCACAUCUCAACUCUCGGCCAGCCUCAUCCAGAGAGUUCUGGCUGAGGUCAACACGACGAGGAAUGAGAACCGUCCGACCACUUUUAUCUCCUGCUCUGGCAGCUGAGAAAAUCGCUAAUGCUAACGAUGCUAAUCUUGGCUAGCAGUGUCUGCCCACAUUGCUACAUUGUUUGGUCUCCUAAUGGAUCUGGACUGGCAUGUGAAUGGCUAAAUCUAACUGUAAAAGGCUGUAUUAUCUCUUCUUUUGCCUCUGACUGCAAUCUUGCAUCAGCAAAUAGGGUGGUUUGGUAUGGAUGGCGACGUUUAGUUCAGAUACGUGAUGAUUAUGUGCAAUUACUGUAGCUUAGCAUGCAUGUGUCUGCACUGUGUCAUGGGAGGUGGUGCCCUCAGAGAGCUGUUGCGAUUCUCUCACUCAUAUCAGGUAUUACAAAAAUACUGAAAUCAUUCCAGCCUACAUGGACCAGUUUCAAAAUCAUAAUUCUCAUCCGUCAUUGUGUUUAAAAUUCGCUUGAUUUUGUUUAACAACACAAUUUUAUUGUGAAGUUCUAUCACCGGCGCAUUUUAAGAAUAACAGGGAAACUGUUGGAGGCUAUAAGCUUCUCAAACAAUACAAAAAAAUAGGCCUGCAUACAAAAUACAAGAUUUCACUCCAAUCAAAAUAUUGAUAUUGAAGGUUGAAACAGUUAUUGAUCAACUGGGUGAAAAAAAAGGGGGUAUAGCACUUUUUAAAUCAGUGCUGUGUUACAGUGCGUGACUGUCCUAGUCUGCUUUUUGCGGCUGUUUGGAAAAGCACAAUAAAAAAAUGCUUGUGUUCUUCAGUGUUUAUUAAAAGUACUGUACAUUUUAGAAGAUAAAGAAACGCAAAGGGAUCAUGUGAAGAAUCAAUAGAUAUAGUAGGAUUUUAUUGAAGUUUUGUAUUUAGGUAAAUAUAUAUGUAUGUAUCAGAGGGAUAAGCAUAUGCUCUUUGGAAACAGCAGUGCUAUAAUUUAAAGAGUAUUAAUAAUGUUAAAACAUAUAAUAUUGUACAUCUUUCAUUUUGUAUACUUAGUGUAUUUUCGAAUAGGAAACUGUAUUGUGCUUUUACACGGUGUGUUCGAUAUUUAAUUUUCUAACUUCAGCUGUGUGGUCAGUAACCGAGAAGGCCUGGAAACUGAACAGUGUUCCUGGAUUAGUUAAGCUAGUAUGUACAGUAUGUGACAGCUUUUGUAACAUGCAAAGUCUGCAUUUCACUUAACAAAAUAUAUAAUUAUACAGUAUAUGUUACCUUCAGUAGUCCUGACAGUUGACAGUAUUUGCUCAAAUUUGACACAAUUUUAAGGACGCAAACAAAGAUUUGAGUAAAUAAGGUCACUUAAUGACAAUAAUGCAACAAAGCAUCAUGUCGUAAUGAAAUCUUAAUGAGACGUUCAUUGUGUUUGUAUUGUAGCUCGUAACAUCACUGUCUGUUACAUAUCAGCAUAGAAGUUAGACGCUGCAACUUAAAACCAUGAUAAAAUAUUUUAAACAAUACUUGAAUUUAUGCUAAUAAAUAGUUUUUUCUUCCUCGUAUCUAUCCAAAUUGAAGCCUAGUGUUGGUAAAAUGCUGAUUUAUUUUUAAUUGGAAUUUAACAUUUUAUUUGGUCCUCAAAGCAAAUGGUUUUUAAACUGGAAACAAGUGUUUUUAAUCCACAGAAUCUGUGCAGUGUCAUUAUUGUAUGUUUUGAAGGUCCUUGUUGUUGCUUGUUAUUAUGCUUUAUAAUGUCCACAUGAAACCUAUCAUUUCUGUAUGAUAGACCUAAAUCUAGUAAAACCCAAAGACGUAGCAUUAGCAUUAGCAUGUUCCUAUCACUGUAUAUUAAAAUCUCAGGUUUCUGCACCAUCUCGGUCCAUUAUUGUGCGAUUAGCUUCCCCUUUCAAAAGUUAUGACUGAAUAAUUUAACCUCACUAAUCAGUCAGCUGAAACAUGUAUUCAAAUGUGUAUUUUUUUUUUUUUUUUUUUUUUUUUUUUUUUUUUUAACUCCAGUCCCGUUUUCAGAACUAUUUUAAGUUUAUUAUUGCCAAUUUUUAACUUCUUGCCUCAAUUUCAAGUGUACUUUUUAACUCAAAGAGCAAAAAAUAUUCAGUGGUGCUUACAAAUUAAGCCUUUUUUUUUUUUUUGAGGGCCUUAUAGUUUAUUGGUCUUUACCUCUUAUUUGUUUUUUCUGUCAUUUCAAAAUUGUUCUCUUAAUUUUACAAAUUCUGUUGGUUUCUAUUAAUUAAAACCUCACUGGUGGAGUGAAGGAGUAGAUCUAAUCUGCAUCUGCAUAUAUUUAACUAUAGAUUAAUGUUCGACUGUGAUGUCUGUCUUUAUGCUGUCCUGAACUGUUAAUGAUAAAUACAUUAAAUGGCUCUUAAACUUACCUUGCUGGUAAUGUAAGCAUGUAUCCAAUUGUUUUUAACUCAGUGUUGAAUUAAAAGCAUUAUUUAAGCUCUC